AACGGAGAAUUCCGGAAACAGCCGAACACACUUCGGACGUGUCUGGACUCGCAGCGCGCAUGAGCACGAGACAUUAGUGGUGGAAAUGUUUUAAAUAGUAAUAUUUUGGCAAAAAUGCACGUGUUUGGGAAGAACUGAGCAUGCAACUGGAUAAACAAGACUUGCAUUAUACUGCACGAGUUGUGUGAGAGUUUGUGAGCAGAUUUUUUGAUAUAGGUUUGCUGUUCCGGCCUUCAUUUACUUCAUUUACUUCAUUUCAUCAUGGAUUUUACUGCGUUUCGUCCGUUUCUGGCAUGUGACGUUAUCUUCAAGAAUUCAAGUCGACCUGAGGGCCAGGCCACGUUGUCCUGCAGUGAGGCAGAUAUAAUGGUUUUGCCAGCAGCACCCACGGGAUGGCAAUCACAUGCUGUGAGGAAACAAAGGAAGAAAGAGAGGCACAAACCUGAGCAGGUGAAGAUGCAGCACACGUCGUGCACAGAGGACAGGAUCCAGCAUGCUCUGGACAGGUGUCUGGACGGGCUGAGGCAGAGUCCCACGGCAGCACACCACUGGAAUGUGCUGAUGUGCUCGGCGGGUCAAUCAAUGAACCGCUGGAGCCUGGAGGAGCUGGUGAAGAGGGACCCAGAGAACUCCCUCAUCCUCUUACAACAAAUCAUCAGAAAGACCAAAGAGGUUCAAGAGCAAUGUCAGUACGAGCUGGUGGCUCCCCUCGCUAUCAUGUUCUCCUCCACGUUGCUUCAGACACCGUACUGUCCUCCAGGCACAGAGCUGCUGGAGGAAGCUGUUGAGGUGUUUCGCUGCUUCCUCACGUGGCCUGAGCCUUACUGCAGUGUGUGUAGAAACCUCCUCUCCACACUACAGCUGGAGAUCAAGGCCCCAGGGAUUUCCUUUCAGAGACUCGUGAGAGAAGAACAGUCCCUCAACACCCCCAGCCAGUGCUCCAAGAUCAUGACCGUGCUGCUGAUGAACCCAUCCGAGGUGCCCGCUGACUUUCUCUCAGUGGCUGAGCAGCUCAGUGGCAUUCAGCACUCGCAGAAAGAGACCUACAUCACCCUGAUCAAACACGCCUUCCAGUCCACACUAGGCACCAAGUACCCUCUACACAGCAUCCAUGAAGCCCUGCAGGAAAAACCUGUGAAUGAAUUGGGUGAGAUCUUCUCCGCGGUAAGUGAUGUCUUAGAGACGGCCGCUGCCAUGAGAGAACCUCUGAAGGGCCGCAGUCAUGUGAUCCAGGGACUCGAGCAACUGAGGGAGAGCAUGAGGAUCCCAGCAUCCAAUGGAAGGAAGUCUGAUGGAAUGCUACAAACUCUACCCUUGCCUACAGCCAAGUGUUACAUGUUUCACUGGGAAAAAGAUAACUUUGAUGUCCUGAACAUCCUUUUGGAACAUGAGCCUGAUGACGAGGUCACUAAUGGGCAGGCUGAGGAGGAAGAGGAGGUAGACAUAGAUGAUGAUGAUGAGGAUGAGGAUGUGACAGAAAAUUAUGUAGAGGAGGAGGAGGAAGAAGACAAAGAAGAGGAGGAAAAUGAAGUAGAAUUGCCUUCAAUGUCUAUGAUCCCUAACGGCUACAGCGCCAACCAUCGCGCCUCCACCUUCUCCACCAUCUCCUCCCUGUCCACCGCCUCCAAAGACUCCAUGUUCUCCACUUUGUCCGUAGCCUCGGAGUCCUACUCUCCGUCCCUCUUCUCUGUCUGUGGUGAUAGCGACUACUUUGAAGAUUCUGACGAAUAUAUCUCCUCCUCUCCCGUCGCUGAAAAGAGUUCGCCAAAGUCUUCCAACAAGGCUCGGCUCAGCCAGCACUUGUACCGGAUCUUCAUCAAACCCAGGAGCACUCGGUCGCUAUCCCGGGCCAAAAGCUUAGGGUACACAGAAUCAAAAGACCUUUCAAUGGUGCGAGGGAAACGCUCCAACUCUCUACCACAGCAAGUCAAGUUACUUAGUCCGGAGCCCUUCCUCCAGCCACAAAGUCAGACUCUCAGACACGUCUGCUUCAGAAGGAGGCCCAUUCUAAGCAGCGAUGAAGACAUUAAGAAUACCACACUGAGGGUGGUGGUGUUCGGUGCUGAUCACGUAGCAGGGAAGGUGGCCCGAGCCUACAAUAGCCUGAGGAGGAGAGAGAGUGCAUGUCCACGGCUCAGCCGGGUCUUCAACCUUCAGUUCUACUUUGUCCCUGUGAAGAGGGACUCAGCGGCGGGGUUGGGGAGUCUGAGGUCUCCUUGUCCUGUGGUUCAAACUGGAACGCCAAAAGGAGCAGCCCUGUAUAAUGAUCUUCACCUAACGGGCUCAGGGGACAGCACUAACGACAUUGCCCAUCUCCUGGGCAUGUUGGACCCUUGGUACGAAAGAAACACCCUCAGCCUGCUUAACUUGCCUGCCAACGUCGUCUGCCAGCAAACCUCAAAGACGGAGUCAGAGUCCUAUGAUAGUUCAUACGAGCAGCGUCUGCCCAUCCUGGCUGACUUGGUCCUGUACUACUGCCGCUACGCUGCCCGGCCAACUCUGAUCCAGCUCUAUCAGGCUGAGUUGACGUUGGCAGGUGGAGAGAGGAGGACCGAGGUCUUCGUCCACUCCCUGGAGUUGGGUCACACCGCAGGAACACGAGCCAUAAAGGCCAUGGGUGCUGCCAGUAAACGGUUUGGUAUUGACGGUGACCGAGAAGCAGUGCCUCUAACAUUGGACGUGGUGUACAACAGGGUGGUGAUUAGUGGGAGAAGCCAGUGGAAAAGAGAAACCAAAGUCUGUACGUCCGUAAACUUAACCAAAGCAUGCAAGAACCCUGAGGAACUAGACUCAAAGAUGGAGUGCCUGCAGCUCACGAUGACUGAGGUCCUGAAGAGACAGAACUGUAAAAGCAAGAAGGGCUACAACCAGCAGCUGAGCGUGACGGAGGUGAAGGUGGACAAGGUGCAGGUCAGCGGUGUCGGAAACACAACCUUUGCUGUGUGUCUGGACCAGGAUGAGAAAAAAAUACUGCAGAGUGUCACCAGAUGUGACAUAUCAGUGUGCUAUAAACCCGACAGUUCCGCUGACUGGAGGCUAAGAAAGGCCCCAUCCUCGGCACAGAUCCAGCCUCUCAACCCCAGCUUCUGCUCCCUGCUCUGCCUGCCCAUCGUCACUUUCAGUGGGGCUCUUCCCUGAGGCUGCUCACCACUGGUUUGGAUGGUUUGAAAGGACAUAUUCUGUGCACUUAUGUAUGCUCUGAAUAACAGACACUGAUUGCAGAAGGAAAAAUCACAUGAACGGCAGUGGGAUGCAUCUGUUGGAAACAUGAGGACUUGUGCAGAAGGGGUACUCAGGAAACAGCUGACCUGGCCUGAGAAGCAAAGAAUGACUGGAGAUACAAUAGUUCUAAUGAUGCUCAGUGCAGCUUCCUCUGUAUAAAGCAAUCAUUCACUGUUGUUAAGGAAACUGUUCGAGUUUCAUUCGACAGGUUUCAGUUCCUCGUUUCCUGCUGAUGGAGAAGUGACUUUACCCAGAGUAACAUCAGAAUGUAAUCUGGUCAAACAGGGCGACUCUACAGUGCAGGAUCUCAGGUGAGAUGGCACUCAAAGUGGCGACAACAAUAUGUUGAAAUAAGCCCGGGACCUGCCAGGAGAGGGAAUUACAAACAUGUGGCAUAGUUUGAGAACUUUUCUUUGGAUCAACUGACAUGGACAUGAAUGACCAGAAAUUAUACACCUGUUGACCAGACUGUACUAUGUAACACCUCCGAUUAGGGGUGAUUAUGGGACUAUGUCUGAGAAUGGACACUAUGGACUUACACAAUAUGUAAAUAUCAUGUUUGUAAAUAUUAUAUUCUAUAACUUGAAUGUUACGCCAUAAUGUUUAAUGUCACAUGGGAAUUUACUGAUAACAUUUCUCCUAAGGAGUUACAAUGAAGUCACUGUUUAACUGGAGUUAUCAAUAUGACCAGCAGGGGGCUCUGUUGACAUUCCAACUGACUUCAGGUGAAGAUACUUUAACAGUCCAGCCUGAGGUGAAGUCUCACUUUGUAAAAACUGUAAUGGAAUUUAUGUAUAGACCAUAUUUUAGCUCUUGCAAAGUGCUAACCUUUAUUUCACCAAGGGCACAGAUGGGAAAUAUAAAUUUGAUAUUGUGGUGCUAAAACAUACCUUUAUAAAAAUUAACUGAUUUAUUGCACUUUGCAUACUGUCAAUUAUGACAUUUUAAAACAUAUAUAUGUAAUUGUGUUGUUGCUGUAAAGGGAUAAUACCCUGAUCACCUGACUGAAACUGAAAUUGUAUGUACAUAUAUAUUAUAUGGAAUUGGAGCACUUGAAGAUUAGAUUAAGGAAUUAGGUACUUUUAUGUUCAAAUAAAUGAAAAAUAAAAAUUAUCAAUGCAUAUUUA